AUGUCCCCUCCAGUUCCGCGAUGCCCGCGAAGCCGAAUCUUGCCGCGAUGUUUUGCUUGCGUCAUCGCAGUCGCCUUCACCAUGCUCCAAUGCUGCGGCACGGGCUUCGUUUCACCGUCGCUUCCACUGCGUGGUCGGCCACCAUCAACUCAGCACAAAGCAGAGAAGACGGAGACAACAGAGUUGAGCCCUUCGUGGGAAGCUCGCUGGGUUCGGCCUGUUUAUACAGUUACCUCGGUGGCAGCACUUUGGUCUGCUAGACGUUCCUGCAUGGAUGCUGUAGCACGCUGCGCAACGGUGCUUGUGACCCUGCUCGACUUCGCUCCGACUGCAGCCAGUCAGAUUGCGGAGUCCGCCGCGGCCUGGAAAAUCAAUCCCACCGCCAGACGCUGGGCUGUCCUGGUGCGGCUGAAGGUGCUGGGUGAGCUAUGCGGGCUAGUCCUGGUUUGCAACGGCAGGUGGCCGGCAUGCUAUGGUGCUUCUGUGAUGAUUCUUUCGCACGUGCUCUUUUGGCUGUGCGGCGCUGCUUCUGCACGAGUGGAUGCUGCUGGGAAGCCUGCCCCGGUACCAACACCAGUUUCUCGAAUGAUUCUCACUGCAGAUGUGGCCGUCCUGGCGGCUGCAGUCGCAGGCUGCGCCGCACCUGGUGCCUGGGGCUGUGCCGGUACUGCUACUUACGCCGGCGCAGUCACUUUCGUCGCAUGCGAGAAACUCGUGAAGGCUGCGAAGCAGCGUCCCACAAGAUCCGGAUCCAGCAAGACUGCCCGCAAAGCUGCAAGAGAUUCUGCGACAGCAGGGAGCUGGGAUGAGUUUUCCUGGCGCAACAACUGGUACCCGGUAGCUUUUGCAGAUAUCACUGACAAAAAACGACCGCAUCGUAUUGAGCUUUUUGGAGAGGGCCUGGUCCUGUGGUGGGACACGGGUACUACGGCCUGGCAUGUGGCCAUGGAUAGGUGCCCUCACCGUCUGGCGCCACUCUCUGAGGGACGGGUGGAUGAGAGUGGCCACAUUGAGUGCCCGUAUCAUGGCUGGACAUUCGAUGGGCGAACUGGGACAUGCCACAAGAUUCCGCAGGCAACAAGCUUCGACGAAGAUCUUGGGAGCCGCUGCAGUGUGACAGUUUUUCGCACAUCCGAGCGGCAAGGUCUGAUUUGGGUAUGGGGGCAGCCCGGAGCAAGCAUCGAGGAGGCUGACGAGUCGCUGAUCCCUAUCUGUGAUGCGAUGGAAAGCAGUGAGUUCGAGUGGAUAGAUGUUUCCAGGGACAUGCCGUACUCUGCAGACAUUCUGCUGGAGAACCUGUUGGACUCCAGCCACGUGCCCUUCACCCAUCACAAAACAGUUUCAAAAAGAGAGAAUGCGCAGCCUUUGCCGCUGCAAAUCACCGAGCGGAUAUCUGCAUCAGGCUUUCGAGGAGCCUUCAAGAAAGACACACCUGUUGGCAAGCAAGGGACCGAUGCUAUCAACAACGGCAGAAGGACGGCGCGUUCCACGAUGUUUAAGGCGCCAACAUACAUGCACCAUCGCAUCCGCACCUCAGACUCCAAAGGUAACCUGGAUAAUGGGUUUGAGACCUGGACGGUGGCCUAUGCAACCCCUUCCGGACCUGGAAGGAGUCGCCUCUUUGCUCGGUUUCCCUUCCGCUUUCCGGCCCCAAAGUUUGGGCCGAACUUGCCACGACUUCUUGUGAGGCACCUGCCGGACUGGCUAAAUCACUUGGGACAGCUCCGAGUGCUGGACGACGACAACAUCUUCUUGCCGAUUCAGGAGCGUCAGGUGCAGGAUGCAGGCGGUUGGAGGACGUACAUUAUGCCAACCAGCGCCGACACCUUCGUAACAGCGUUUCGAACCUGGUUCGACCGGGCUGGGCCGCCGCCGCAUGCUCCGUCAGCUGUGGAUGAGUAUCGGAGCCGCCAACCCACGAGGGCUGAGCUUCUUGACAGAGAGGCACAGCACACCGCACAUUGUGCCAGCUGCACCGGCGCUGUGCGGAACUCAAGAAAGGCUGUCAGCCUUUGCCGGGUCCUACUUUUCUUCGCAGCUGCUGCUGCACCCACACUAUAUUCAAGGCACUCUUGGCGCGGGCUCAUGCUACUGACGCUGGCAAGUUGCGCGGUGGGGAAGGCUUGGCAGCUCUCUUGGAGCAUCCAAGCCCGGCUGACUAGUGGGAUGCAUGACUACCCCCCGCCCCGGAAUCAGUUCGGAAGGCGUGGGCAAAAUCGUGAACUCCGCACAGUGGAGCAGGGAAGACGGUUCUGA